AGUGUCGCAGCUCAGCUGGUUGAUAUGUCACAUGACUCACAUGACUCACGCAUCACAUACAUGGAUCUUCACUAGAAACGUAAACCCUUGCACGGAUGGCCAAAUUAAUGGUGAUCCCGGUGUGCGCGUGAACAGUAGAGCGCGAGCAUGCCGACGCUCCUGCAGAAACUCUUCAGCAAACGAGCUGUCGGUAACGGGAGCGCCCGGGAUUGCUCACGGGGAGCGGAGCAGUGUUGGGCAUCUGCUGAGUUUGAUCUAGCUCAGAUUCGGCUGAUAGUGUAUCAGGACUGUGAGAAAAGGGGGCGCCAGGUUCUCUUUGACUCCAAAGCAAUACAUAAACUGGAUGCAUCUGAGACGACUGCUGAUGAGACCAAAAGUCCACCUACCCGCAGUGGUGCCUGCCAAAUUAGCAGCCAAGCAAGCAAGAAGGACAAGCCUCCUACAUAUCAGUACACCAGGCCGGCUUCAGAUGUGAACAUGCUUGGGGAGAUGAUGUUUGGCUCAGUUUCUAUGAGCUACAAAGGUUCGACUCUUAAAAUUCACCACAUUCGGUCUCCCCCUCAACUGAUGGUCAGUAAAGUUUUCUCCACAAGGUUUGGCAGCAGUGCCUCUGGAAGUACAAAUACGCUGCAAGACAGUUUCGAGUCAAUGAGUCAAACUUUUCCAGGUCACACCAGCAGCAUAGGAGUUUGUCGUGCAGCUAGCGCUCCUCUGCUGUGUCUGGUUCGGAGCGCAUCUUUCUUUGCAGCCCACAGUAACCCAGUGGACAUGCCAAGCAGAGGACAUAGUGAGGACGGAGACAGUGGCAUUGCCCGUUCAGCAUCACUAAGUAGCCUUUUAGCUACGCCACUACCCUCACCUGGAUCCUCCUUCAGCAGUGGAUGUGCCAGCAGUUACCAACGACGAUGGCUCCGUAGCCAGGCCACCAGUCUCCAACAUGGCCCAAUGCCUCGCUGGAGCACUGAGGAAAUGUUCAACCUCUCCGAUGAGAGCUGCAAUUCCAACCCUGCCAUGAUCCGGAGGAAAAAGAUUGCCAUUAGCAUCAUCAUCAGCUUGCCAGAGAAAGAAGAAGAAAGCCACAAUUUUCAAGAGUUCUUUUUCUCCCACUUUCCUCUGUUUGAGUCUCACAUGAACAAACUCAAGACUGCCAUCGAAAGGGCGAUGAUUAUUUGCAGAAGAAUCGCAGAGUCCAGCCAUCGUGUGCAGGUCUUUUUGUGUCGAGUGAUGGAGGCAUUGGGUGAAUUCAGGAUGACAGUGUGGAACCUUUACAUGGCUCCGCGAAUCAGUGAGCCGGUCUGGCUCUCCAUGAUUUCCCACAGUGCUGAGCGAAACCUCCUAUGUCAGCGCUUUCUCAAGGAGAUGAGUUUGCUGAUGGAACAUGGAGCCAAGCACCAGUUUCUCUCUGCUCUUCUUACUGCAGUUCUUACACAUCACAUAGCCUGGGUUCCCACGGUGAUGCCCAGUAACCUCCCGCCAAUCAAGCCUGCCUGUCAAAAACCUGCGUCACAGACAGUGGAUCUGUUGGCAAAGUCUCACCCAUACAAUCCGCUAUGGGCUCAAUUAUGUGACCUGUAUGGUGCUUUGGGCUCUCCGGUUCGAGUUUGUCGGACGGUGGUGGUGGGGCGCAAGAGGGAGUUGGUACAGCGAGUCUUGUAUGUUCUCUCCUACUUCAUUCGCUGCUCAGACCUACAGGAGCAUACGCAAGGACAAAUAAACAAUUCAGAAAAUCCCUGCUCAUUUCAAAGCACCUAUCCCACACCUCCAAGUGAAAUGACUGAUGAAGAAACAUGUCCCCCUAUGCCAGAUGCGUCAAAGCCCCUCACCCCCUGUGCUUCCAGAACCAAUGAAAAUGCGCUGGGCUCUGAUUUGGCUAAUUUAUUUCCAGGUAUCCUUUUAGAACAAAAUGACGAGAAAAAGUUUUUCACAGAUACAAAGUCAACUAAUCCGUCCUCCUGUUUGGAAUCGACCACUGUCCGACCGGAAUGUACAGAGAUUGGACAGGAAUGCUUUGGUGAAGACAGUGACUCUGUUGAGGGUGGAUUAGAGCACAUUUUAGCCAAUCAAAGCCCUCUUUUGCACAGGGUGCAGUUUCACAUCGGCAGUCCCAGAGAGUCAGAGAAUGAUGGACAGCCUAGGGAUCUAACUGGAGCGGGGUUUGGGCGAAAGUUACAUCGAAGGCUUCUGACUGACCUGCGGAGGAAUGAAAGUUCGGACAGUGCUUUAGGUGACAGUGAUGAAGAUGAAUCAUUGUCACGGCAACUGCACAUGAUAACAGAGCAAAAUGAAUAUGAGCUACCGUUGCCAAGUUGUCAGGUAGAGAGCCAAGCCAGUGUUAAUCAUUUCGGGCGGUCCUUGCUGGGUGGCUACUGUCCGCAGUACAUGCCUGAUUUUGCUUUGCACGGCAUCAGCUCCGAUGUCAGGCUGAAGCAGUGCCUCAUGGCUGACCUGGAACAUACUGUUCUACAUCCUGCCCUGGAUGAACCAGUAGCCGAGGCUUUGUGCAUUGUGGCGGAUACAGACCGGCUGAGCGUGCAGGUGGCGACGAGUCAAAGGCGUGUAUGUGAGGGUGGACGGUUAGGCAGAGACGUAAUGGUUUCUAAUCUCAUACACACGCUCAUCACAUCCGUUUUGCAGCUGUAUGCGCUCAACGUCGCUGCUGACUUUUGCGUGAUGCAUCUGGAAGAUCGGUUACAAGAGGUGUAUUUUAAGAGUCGAUCCUUAGCUGAAUAUCUGAGGGGGCAAAACAGGGUCCAUGUUAAAGAACUGGGACUGGCACUGGGGAUUGAAUCCAGUGACAUCCCAUUGCUUGCAGCAGUCGCCAGCACACAUUCGCCGUAUGUGGCCCAAAUUCUUCUCUGAAUGGACCAAGCAAAGUUUAUUACAUUUAAAGGACCAAUCGGAAUGUAUUCCUGUUCUGCAUGGACCAGCAAGGAUCUCAUUGUUAUCAGAUUAACACACCAAUCAUGAUGCAAUGUGCUUGACAACCAAUCAGAACUCACACCCAGCCUUUAUUAUACCAAUCAGAAUGCAUCUUGUUUGUCCAACUGACAGUAUUUUGUGUGUGUGUAUGAAAGUGUGCAUGUCUAAGUAACCAAUAUGUAUAUAUGGUCAUCCCAUAAGCGGAAUUAUACCAUAUUGGGAGACUUGUUAAAUGCUUAUGUCUUUGUAAGUCUUAAAUGAAAAGGGAAGGUGGUGAAAUAAGAGAUCUUAAGAUAAUAUAAGAUCUUAAUUUGAAGUAUUUUUCAUUUGUACAAGAGUGCCUCUAAUGGUUUGAUUAUUAUUUUAAAUAUUUGUGUGUGCUCAAUCUCGGAAAGAUGAAUGUUUACAUGUGCGGAUUAGAUUGACUGUGUGGGAUAUUAAACUAUGUUACAGUUAAUAAUUACUUGUCAAUCGACAGUUCUUGGAUUGUAGGUUACAGUGUUCAUCUGGUGCUACUUUAUUAUUCCUUGCAUCAAAUGCUUACUAAAGUGCAUACUUUUUGCUCUGCCCUUGCAUAUACUUUUUAUAAGGGGCACUAAAGUCUGUAAACAGCAAUAGGACCCCAGGUGUUUGACACAUAGUCAGUGUUUUACUGUUUUGUGUUAUGUUUCCAUUUUAGAUAUCUAGAGAAAGAUGAAUAUUUUUUAUAUUUUUACAGAAUGCUCUACCUCAAAUAAAUAAUCUGUUAGAUCGGUGUGCUGAGUAUUCACUUAAAAGCACUCUGAAUUCAGCUCCAUUUGUAUUAAAGUGUACAUCCUUACAUACAGUAUGCAUGUAUGUCACUAGUGAAUUCUGUACUAAUUGUAAAUUUCAAAAUAUUUUUUAUAAGGGAGGUUGGAAGUUGACAUUUUGAACACUAAGGUUUUAACACUUUUAGUAGUCUCUUUUGAGACCAAAUACAAAUGUAAUGUAGGCUAUAGUCUGUUCUGUGCAUGGGUUGAAUGCAGUUGGGUGUUUUGUCUGUGAGUGACUAGUGAGCUGAACUAGUGAUGAAUAAAUACAUUUCCAAGA